UGGGUCGCAUCAGAUGAUCCUCUUGGAGCAGAACACGCCGCCGAACUAGGACGACUCCUCUGUACGGUGGUCGUCAGAAGGCCCGCCCAAGGGUAUCGCGUGGCAGAAUCAAAACUGGAAUCAUUGGCUAAGCCCUUUGCGCGGCAUGCUCCCUACUUGCUGAAGAAAUACAUCGAUAUGGUUACAGACCCCUUCACCACAAUCAGUGGUGACAUGCGAAGAGCGCUACAACCUGGCAUUUUCGCUCUAUGCAGUAUGAUUAAUGAUCCAGAUCGAGACUCUCUUAUGCUGUCUCUCAGGAAAACUCCUGCUAAAGCUUUGUUCAAGGCCAUGUGGCAAGAGUACGACAGACAGAAGUAUGUUGGAAGGGGUUAG